CAGACUCUCUCCUCCACUCCAAUUCUAACGCUUCUUCUCUUCUUCUUCCACUUCCUCCCUCCCACUUCCGCUUUUCCCCAACCUCGACUUCCAACUGCCUACUUUCCGACUUCCUUUCUUUUUUUCUCUCAUCCUCUCGAAUCUUCAUUUCUCUUGUCUUUAUUCAACUCGGGUGCUGGAUUCUCCCUCGAUCAUCCAUCAUGUCUGCAUUCCUGUACACCCACCACCACCAACAGCAACACCACCACCAACAACACCACCCUCAGCAUGCCUCCCAAAUGCAUGCCAAUAACAACCACCAUGGUCGCACUCGCCGCGGCCCUAAGAUGGCCCAGCAGAAUGCCCAGCGGCAGUUCCGUGGUGUUAAGAGCAUGCGGGAACUUGCGGAAGCCCCAGCGGUGACGGCUUUCCGGGUCAGAUUCGAGGCCGGUCGCUCCUUUGAUCUCGAUGAUGAUUUGGAGUUCUGCCCCAACCUUUUGACCGAUGAAGAUCUGCACUCCAUCCACUCUGCUUCGUCCGACCGCUCCUCGCUCUCCAGCGGGUCGCCCGACACCUCGCCUUUGCAGCACCAGAUCCAGCCUGUGCAGCAGGUCACCCCGUCGAUCUCCCUUUCUCCCGCCUCGACCAACUCCUUUGUUCACGCCAAUGUUGCUGCCAACCCCAACCAUGUCAACAACUUCCACCAGCCUGCUGCCAACCGGACCCGCAAGGUCAUCCCAAUCAUCAACCCUACCACUGGGAUGUCCAUGACCAGCCCUCCCUCGUCGAUUUCCCCGGCGAUGAUGCAGGCUGCUCAGGCUCAGGCUCAGCGUCGAUGGUAAAGAGAUCCCAUUGAGUUCUCGGGCCGAAAGAACGGUGCUUGCUUGCGAGCCCUUCUUUUCCCUUGCCCUAGCGGCAUAUGUCUCUGCACGUCACCUGAGUUAAAGUUUUUGCAUCAUCGCGCGGGUCCCUCUAAUCGCAGGUCUUAAUAUCUUAUUACGUUGCAUUUUUUGUCUGACAUGACUAUCUUGCAUCUUUUUUUUCCUUUUCCGACACGACCACACUUACUACCUUUGGAAAUAUCCCAUCUUUUCUACGACAUGGCGAAACCUCACCUUCAAAAAAUCACCCAAAAACACUCGAAAAUUCUUCGACGAAAAAUCCGGCUUUUGUACAUAUUAUACCUCUACGCCGCCGAUUACGACCAUCUUCGCCUUACAUCUAGAUCCUUUGCGAUACUUCCAGCUUGUUGCGAGCGACGGCGCCCUUGCGAUUUGAAACCCUCUUUGCAUCCUAUUCCACACGAUACCUGCGGUCUCUCAGGGAGGGACCUGAAACUUCUAUUCUUGGGCCUGUGUUCAUUGUUUUCCUUUUUUCGGUUCGGCCCGCCGAUGAUGUAUUAGAACGUGCAGUGACUUGCUACUUGACGUGCAUGUCGCAUUGGGAACCCGGAGUUGGUUUCUUUUGCCUCUUUCAGGGUUGGGAAAAAGGAUGGAUCGCUUGCGAGCGACCUUUUACCCCGGCUCGCCCUCUAUCUUUUCUGUUUCGCACAUACGCUGUGAUUUAUUUGGACGAUUUCCUUGCUUUCUGGACUUUCUUGGGGUUUUGUUUUACUCUCAUGGGGCGGGAUGGAUAUCACAUUUUUUUUCAAGGAUCUAGAGGCGGAAACGAUACACGUCUGCAUUGCUUGGGCACUGUUGAAAUAUCUGGGUUUUGUUUUCUGGUUUUGUUGCACCUUGACUCUUCGAUUCUUCGUUUAUUUUUCCACUAUCUUUUUAUUUCUUGGCUUGUACAUCGGUUUUAUGGGGGAAUGGGUGACAUGCGAAUACUCAUUGCUUCCAUUGCCACGGGGUGCAGUGGCUGGUUGGGGGUUUUGGUUGCGCAGCAAACCAUGGGAUGCGGAGUUGUUUUCUGUUUGAAAUCGAUAUCCUGGGGGUCUCUCGCGGAACAUGCGAUAGACCAUAUUGCGUUGAAAAUGGUUUACAUCACAUUGUGUUUAUGUCUUACAUUCUAUCUUGGUACUAUUCAUUUUAUCACACUUCUCUCUACAUUCGCUUCCUUUCUUUGUCUCAAGUCCAUACUUUUUCUCGGGUGGGGAUUAUGCUACAUCAAGCUUUUGUUUUGAAGUUUGUUCCACAUUAUCACUUCUCUUCAA